GUUAUUCAUCCCUUCAAAACACGGCAUACAUACUAUGCGACCUCUGCAGUAGUAGCCUUGGACCUAGGCCUAGAUGUGUCGAUGUGUCUCUGCUCUUUGUCCUGACCCCUUGUCGACUCUUCACCUACCAAAAAUGUGCCUCGGUGAUUACCUGCCUCUCCCUAUCUGGAGAUUUGCCUCCUGCCUCGGCAGACCGUCUUGCCUGAUUUCUGAGGCUGAUGCUAGAUGCUACCCUGUAAUUCGAUGUCCCCACCUGAAAGCUUUUUUUUUUUCUUUUUUCUUUCAACUUUUUCACCCCAAAUUACUCCGGACCAGGGGCAGCUAUGCAGUGUGCGGCGCCUUCCUUUGCCCCGAGCUUACGCCGAGACGUGUUUGUAUGGAGUCUCCAUAUGGUCUGAGGCGUGGAGCCGAGCAUUUCUCUAUCAUCUCGUGCCGCAAUGGCAGACUCUCCGGGCCUCCGUACUCUUAUCUCGAUUACUACCUCACAGUGACUUUCAUCGCUAAAUAACCCAAGCCAGUCCGGACCGUAGUAUGAUUCAUCUCAGACUGGACUGAUAAUGACCAAGAUAGAUAAGUCAGGUUCAUUCACGGCGUAUGGUGCCAGAUGUCAACUUCGGGAUUGCCGACUCUCUCGACUCCCGGUUUAUUUUCCGGUAAGAGAUACAAGAAGCCGUUCCGCUUAAUUGCGGUUCCGGCCGGGCGGGGACCUCUCCGGCUCACCGCAACUCACCAGGUUAGGACUUAGGGCUCGGGCAGCCCUUCUCUGGUCUAACCAGAAACGGAAUCAUUGUUAGGGCUGAAACCCUACCUCGCUAUGCCGCUUUCGUCAGGGCCAUCGCGCGCCGUUGGAUUCUGCCGCGUCUUGCCGCUCUCCGCCGCCGGAUCUUCAUGGCAGUGGGAGUUUCCAGGCACCGGUAGUCAUUGAAUACUGGCCACACGAGAUAUUCAGUACUAGAUUAGACUGUUGGUUUGAUUAUUAUCCCAGUUAAUUUGAUUUACUCUUUUUUCUAUUCAUACUCGCGUCUCUGCCAUGGCUCCCCCGCGGAAGGGAGCUACUUCCGUUGUCGAUGACUCCCGUUCAGAAGCGUCCAGUGGCACAAGGGAGCUCAAGGGAACCUCCUCUAAGAGUCGGAAGGGGAUAAAUGCCUCUGGACCCAGGUCUGCUACAAUCACUCCUAAUAUGACCGGUGUACCUGUUGUUCAGGCUGCCGAACAGACUCAAGAUCUACCCAAAGUCGACUGGUCCGAGAUGCCCGUUGAAAUCCUCCACUACUACCGCCACGCCUACAAAUUACCUACCCCCUCCGCCUUCUCCAGGGAGUACUCACGAAUCCUCCUUUCGCAAGGCAUUGGCCUUCGCUCUCCAACAUCUAUCGCCGCACGACGUGCUCAGCUAUCCCGUGACCACGAGCAGGAUGUGAACAGUCAUCCCCACCCUGCCUUACCUGGGAAGGGCCCCUCCGAGACCGUAUAUUCGUCAGAGAGCAGACAACACACCACCGGCGUGCAUGGUCAGAAGGACCGACUCAAUCAUAUCAUCGGUCAGGGGCGAGUCAGCAAGGACCAGCUUUCUUUGGCUGUUCGCAAACAUUUCAACAGUGCCGGUCUGGUGGAACAGGAGGCCGUUGCGCGGUUCCUGUAUAAAGUCCGAGAGGAGGGGAGAGGACGACAGUUCCGUCUUCGGUUUCAGCCUUGA